AACAAGUGUUACCUGUAUGGUCUCAUGUAUACUUGGCAAGCUAUUGUGUUUGUUUGAGUAGUGUGUGAUGAACGUCACACGGCUGUAGACUGGUGUUGCCAUCUAAAGGCUAUUUAAGCAACACUUCCGAUCGGUCAUACGUCCAGCGAUCAAUGAAUGGGAAUGUUCACUGUUUAUCAGGUUUGGAGUUAAUGCAUUCAGCGUUUUAUUAAGGAGCGAUAUUGUUGUAAUUGAGCCGACUGUGUCUCGGUCUGUCUGGUGUCUGUGGAAUUUAUUCUUCCUUCGCAUUCAUUCAUCCACGACAGCAGGUUCGAGAAGAGAGAUAAUGUUUAUCAUAUUCAGUGACCUGUUGCCAUAACCCGUUCGGGCUUACCUGCCUACCGUAAAAAAAAAAUCUGUGAUAGCACUGUGGUGUUUCACGGAGGCAGUAAAUCGCAUUCACAUGACCUCAGCACAACAUAAACACAACCAACAGCAUGUGCUUGGAGCUCUCCAGUCAAUACAGACCCAGCGUAGUACUAUACAUUCCUUCAAUGCUGUGAGUGCCAUCCUUACCGUUGAGGCAGAGAAUCUGGUGGAGGAUUUGCUGUCACUCACGGACUGCCCACGAGGGAGGGAGGAGUUGGAGAAUCUGUGGAUGCAGGGUCAGUCCUAUAUCCAUCGCUUGUUCACAGCUUGCUGACACAGAUGUGGAUUGGAUGGCCAGUGCUUGAAUGGAUGUAAUUAGGCAGUGAAUGUGUUGUCAGUGGAGCUGUCAUCGUAGUGGAUACCUCAGCUUAAGGUGCUGUCGUUGUUUGGAGACUGGCACACCUGUUCCUAGUUAACCUGCUAUUUGCAUGUGGAUCUUCACAGUGUUAGUGCAUACAACCAAACUUUGUGUUUAUCGGGAUUCUGUAAAUAAGCACAUUAGCUGUUGCUUACCCUGCAGUGUGUAUUGAUGCAAUGUGAAGUUCGGAGUAUGGUGAGCCUUGUGUGUUUAUAGCGGAAGAUUUGGGCAUAAACAUAUCUUAUGGUUGUGAUAUUUUCAAGUCUUUCUAUAAUUUAUGCAUAAUAAGUAACAGUAGUGAAGCUAUUGUAUAUGCAAGUGACAGGUGUGUUAAUAUCUUGGGAGAUUUGGAGAUUGGCCUGAAGAAGGAAUAAAUCAUAGCCUGAUUCAUUCAUAACUGUGCUUGUGCUCACUGCUUGACACUGAUCACCAAGAUAGUGUUACGUUUAGGAUAAUUGGGAAUAUACCGUGUGUGGAAGAACUGAAUUGUCAACAUGCAGGGGGAAAUUGGAAGCAUACAAGACCUUCAUUCACAACAACUGCAACGUCUACGGAACCGGCGCCACACCUUAGCCAAUGUUCGGUCAGGGGACCUGGCUGAUCAAAGACCUAAAAGUUUUGAUGUGGAGAAUGGUGCAGCCCCUGGCAGGAGUCCCCUGGAGGGUGGGGGGAGCCCGUCAUCAGGGCUGGUCCUGCAGAACCUCCCCAAGCGCCGGGAGUCCUUCCUGUACCGAUCUGACUCCGACUAUGAGCUGUCUCCCAAGUCCAUGUCCCGCCACUCCUCUAUGCAGGGAACAGAACCUGUGCAUGCAGAAGACCUCAUCGUCACCCCGUUUGCACAGAUUCUGGCAAGUCUACGGAGUGUCCGGAACAAUUACCUGGCCCUCACCAAUGUCCCGAUUCCAAAAGACAGUAGUCAUCCAAUAAGUAAAGUUCACCGAGAAAAUGAAAGACCUAGGCGAGGUUCAUCCGGCCCCCACGGCCAUGGACUGCUGUCCCAUGCAUCACAGCAGUCCCCACAGCAUCACCAUAUGCAACAGCUGUCCCCCAGCGGCAACAAGCUGCAAGAUGACACAUACAUGAAGUUGGCAGUGGAGACCCUGGAGGAGCUAGACUGGUGUCUGGACCAGCUAGAGACCAUCCAGACACAUCGCUCCGUCAGUGACAUGGCAUCUAGCAAGUUCAAACGAAUGUUGAAUCGAGAGCUGAGUCACUUCGCCGAAUCUAGCAAGUCUGGAAACCAGAUAGCAGAGUUUAUUUGCAAUACUUAUUUAGACAAACAACAGGAAGUUGACAUCCCAACCUUGAAAGUCGACACAGUGGAAACAGUCACUAAGGAGAUCCCCGACAAGAAUCGGCCUAUGUCCCAGAUACAGGGAGUUCGGAAACUGAAACAUGCCAACAGCUUUACAGGAAUUGUGCCAAAACAUGGAGUGGAUACACCUCAUAAAGAAGAGCUAGCACGAUAUUUGAAUGACGUUGACAAGUGGGGGAUUGAUAUUUUCAAAAUCUCUGAAUACUCAACCAACAAACCUCUUACCAGCAUCACAUACACAAUAUUUCAGGAAAGAGAUUUAUUAAAUACAUUCAAGAUUCCUGCACAUACUCUAGUCACCUAUUUGAUGCACUUGGAAGAACAUUACCAUCGAGAGAACGCCUAUCACAAUUCCAUCCACGCCUCUGACGUCACGCAGUCCACGCACGUGCUCCUCAGCGCACCUGCCCUUGAAAGUGUGUUCACAGAUCUGGAGAUUCUGUCAGCUAUAUAUGCAUGUGCCAUUCAUGACGUUGACCACCCAGGUGUCACCAACCAGUACUUAGUCAACACAAGUUCAGAGUUGGCCCUGAUGUACAAUGACGAGUCCGUGCUGGAGAACCAUCAUCUGGCUGUGGCGUUCAAACUUCUCCAGGAGGAGAACUGUGAUAUCUUUGUCAACCUCAACAAGAAACAGAGACAGACGCUGCGCAAGAUGGUCAUAGACAUGGUGCUUGCGACAGACAUGUCAAAACAUAUGAGUCUUCUGGCUGAUCUGAAGACAAUGGUAGAAACGAAGAAGGUUGCCGGCUCCGGAGUGCUAUUGCUGGACAACUAUACUGAUAGAAUACAGGUUCUCCAGAACAUGGUUCACUGUUCGGACCUCAGCAACCCAACGAAACCCCUUGAUAUAUACAAAAACUGGGUGGAUCGCAUUAUGGAUGAGUUUUUCAGACAGGGAGACCGUGAACGAGAUCAAGGUCUUGAUAUUAGUCCGAUGUGUGACCGGCACACUGCAACUGUGGAAAAGACUCAGGUUGGAUUCAUCGACUAUAUUGUCCACCCACUGUGGGAAACAUGGGCAGACCUGGUCUUUCCAGACGCCCAGGAUAUCCUGGACACGCUGGAGGACAACCGUGACUGGUACCAGACAAUGAUACCAAUCUCCCCCUCUUCCAGUUUCUGUAGCAAUAAGACAGACGAAAAGGAUGAUCAGGAAACCACAAAGUUCCAGUUUGACCUUGAAGAGGACAAAGAGAAUGAAGGUCAAGGUAGCAGCCCAGUUGUCAUGUGUGUAAUUCCAGAAGGAUCGGACUCAGAUCAGCGAGGACUUGAUAAGAAAUGAAGCCUCUGUGUAGAGUGAUAGUAGCUAUAUGUUUGAGCUGACAUCAAUUCUGACAACACUACAAAUGCUGACUCUCGUUUGGUCAUGGCCGGCCAAUAUUUCUGUGCGUUGAUGGAUACUCGAAGAAGCUAGAUGACGAACUCAUUAUUUUCAGUUGCACAUGAAAUUCACUCAGGGAAGAGCACGGCAAUGGUACAAGCGGCGAGCUACCAACGAACAUCCGAUUGAGCUAGGCUGGUGCCAUGUUGCCCCAGGGGCAUGAAAAACUGCAAGCAGUGACAGUGCUGUUGUUGUUGUUGAUGACGUUGACAGAAUGAUCUCCACAUGACGUGUUACCUGUCCUUUUAGCCAAUCCGGCGUCCUCUGACACACAUUGUGAUUAACAUGGACAAGGGGGAUAACUCUUGCUGAGCUCCCCCGAUCUGUUGCAUAGAGACAAAGACUUGUGUAGAUAUGUUGAAAGACUAAAACAACUGAUAUGUCAAAAUGGCAAACUGUACACAGGAGAGUGUUUCUUGCCCAUAGCAAGGAUAGUUCAUUUGUAUAUGUGAUUUUUGCAUAUUUGGGGCAUUUAAUUUAACCAAUAAUUUAAAGAUUUAUUAAGCAGCUUGAAGUGGGUCCCGUGUGACAACUGUGAUACAUUCAUUAUUUCAAUUCCGUCAAACUGUGUCAUUGCAAAUGUUUGGUUCGAGUAUCUUCGCUCAGACAAUUCUCGUCGAGAGACGACUGGACGUGUCUAGUCUACUGAGAACGAGGAAUUCUCAGUUCUAAAUUGAACUCUCUCCAGUCUGGGUUUCAACUUCGAAUACAACGUAGCAGUUGUUUUUGUAGCAUAAUUUUCAAAAUAAUAGUUAGAUGGUUCAGUGUAGCAUAAUGAAAAAGUGCAAAUAAGUGUUAGGACUGCAUAGUGUUUUCUUAUCAUGUUUACUGUUAUCAUAAAUUGAAAAUAACAAUUUUUUAUAUGUUUCUUGCUAAUCCACUAACUUUAUAACACAAAAACUGUUGGAUUGUUGAGAAAAUGAGUUAGCUUUGACUCUUGUGACUUACUGUUUAACAUGUGAAAUCCCUUGCAGCUGAUCGAAGCUAUGUCUGACAACAGUUCUGUGAUAAUGUGUAUUACCGCAAGGGACAAGGGAGGGGACACCGGGGUUGGGUGGGGAGGGUUUAAGGAGAGGCAGUCCCUCUACCAUUACAUGCUUUCGCGUUGUUCAUAGAACCUAUUUAUUUAAGUUAUUACUUUAUCAAGGUUGUUUGCAGUUCACACUUCUUUAAAAUGUCCCAUUCUUAAAACAAAUUGCUAACUUGUUGACAAAAUGGCAGCUGAUGCUAAUCGGGUUGUUUUUUCCACUCAAGAACUGGUUACGCAUAACAGCUCAGUCCAACCAAGACUUCACUCUUUACUUUCAAGACUUCACUCUUUACUUUUAAAACUUCACUUCUUGAAUGUUAAUCAGAAUUUAUUAGGGAUUUUGAAUUUUAAAAUAUAUUUAUUAUUUGAAUGAUUGUAUGAAACUUUUCUUGAAAGUUGAUGCAUGCAUAAAGAUGAAAUUCUUAGUGGUCAUGUAACUUGCACUAAUUAAUUUUGGCACGCUUGUAAAAGUUUUCUUAUGAAGGCAAAGUUUAGUCACCAAAGUUUUAGCAUUUAUAAGACACAAUUUUAAUUUAGUCUGUUGUAUUUUAUAUAUUUGAAUGUUAUGGAAAAUACCCACAUUUAACAAUGUGGACAAAUUUUAUAUUAUGCAUAAUUUAAAAGGAGAUAUUUUCCAAAUAUGGACAUUAUUUAGAUAUUUUAACUGGUGAUUGGACAAAAGCUAAGAGCAUAUUCAUAGUCUACGAUGUUCACUUGUAGUGAAUAUGAGAUUAUUGUCGGCAUUCUAUCCGAUAUCUACAUAUCUUGCUGAUUCCACAGGUCUGUUGUGUUUAACACUAAGAGUCUUUGUUCAGUGAUCAUCAACAUUAUCAGCUUCAUUACAUUCACGAUCAACUCAUCUGUCAUGUUAUCACUCACUCUAGUAUUUAUUAAGUCUCAGGCCAUACAGGUGUCACGUGAGAUUCUGUUUUUGUAGUUUGGGAAGUGAACUUACAGCUGGCUCGAACUUGAAUCCUUACAAAGGAUAGUUUUGUUGUUGUUUAUUUGUCCAAUGCAAGAAUAGUCACUGUUGAUUUAUGCAUUUAUUGCAAUACAGAGGACUAGAACAAAAUCGUUAAUCUUGUGUUAUCUUAGGACGUUGCUGUCACCGUUUGUCAAAGUGCCACAUUUACCAAACACAUAAAGUAAAAAAUUAUUUGUUAAUGUUUCGUUAUGGUUUAAAAAGACUGUAAAUUGACUUCCCUAUGCAUCGCACAUAGAUGUUACGAUAUUAAUUAGCAGGGUUCUCACUACGUUUAUGUCUGUCGGAACCAUUUUUGACAUGGCGUUCUUAAUGUUUUUCUAUGUCACGACUGUUCUUGACACAAUGCUCAUCAUCUUCACUCUGUCAUGGCUGUUAGUGACGAUGUGUACUUGAUCCUCACUGUGUCACAACGGUUCUCGACAUUGUGGUCUCAGACGGCGAUGUGUCAAAAUGGUGGAGGAGACAGAGAGCGCCCUUGAUGUACACUCCUCAUGCGAAUCAUGUACUAACCAUGUGAUAUCAUUGCCCCUUCCUUCCCAUGGUUCCAUGCUGCAGGAACCAGCUAAUAUUUAAAUUAAAAUUCUUUAAUUGCCA